UAGAGAUGGGAAAGAUGGCGGCGGCCGUGGGCCCUGUGGCGGCGCUGGCGGCGGAGCCUGGGGAGGACGCCUUUCGGAAGCUUUUCCGCUUCUACCGGCAGAGCCGCCCCGGGACCGCAGACCUGAGAGGAGUCAUCGACUUCUCGGUGGCCCACGCAGCCCGCGGCACGGGGCCUGGUGCCCACAAGGUGGUCAAAUCUCAGCUAAAUGUGUCCUCAGUCAGUGACCAUGAUGCGUACAGAGCAGGACUUCAGCCGGUCAGCAAGUGGCGAGCCUACGGACUCCAAGGCUAUCCUGGAUUUAUUUUUAUCCCAAACCCCUUCCUCCCAGGUUACCAGUGGCACUGGGUGAAGCAGUGCCUUAAGUUAUAUUCCCAGAAACCUAAUGUAUGUAACCUGGACAAACAUAUGACUAAAGAAGAGACCCAAGAUUUGUGGGAACAGAGCAAAGAGUUUCUAAGGUAUAAAGAGGUGAAUAAACGGAGACCCCGAAGUUUACUAGAGAAACUGCGCUGGGUGACCUUAGGCUACCAUUAUAACUGGGACAAUAAGAAAUACUCAGCAGAUCAUUAUACACCUUUCCCUUCUGACCUGGCUUUCCUCUCAGAGCAAGUAGCUGCUGCCUGUGGAUUUCAGGGUUUCCGAGCCGAAGCAGGUAUCCUGAAUUACUACCGAUUAGACUCCACACUAGGAAUCCAUGUAGACAGAUCUGAACUAGAUCACUCCAAACCCCUGCUGUCAUUCAGCUUUGGACAGACUGCCAUCUUUCUCCUGGGUGGCCUCAAAAGAGAUGAAGCCCCCACCGCCAUGUUUAUGCACAGCGGUGACAUCAUGGUAAUGUCAGGUUUCAGCCGCCUGUUGAACCAUGCAGUCCCAAGGGUCCUUCCCAGUCCGGAAGGGGAAAGCCUGCCUUGCUGCCUAGAGACACCUCUCCCAGCUGACCUCCCCAGAGACUCAGUGGUGGAGCCCUGUUCUGUGGAGGACUGGCAGGUGUGCUCCAGCUACUUGAAAACUGCUCGUGUUAACAUGACUGUCCGGCAGGUGCUGCCCGUAGGUCAGGACUUCCCUUUGGAACCCAGGGAGGAGAAUAAAAGAGACAUCACCACAGAAGGUUCCUGCCAUCUGGAUGAUGAGAAUAGCCAAGUAAAACGAGCUAGGUUAAACCGUGACUGCUGAGACUUGGAGAGCCCCGUUCUUUUACUCAGGCAGGUCUUAGAGUAAGUGACCAUGCUAUUUUGUAUUGCCAUAGACUGUAUCACCAAGACAAGACAAAAACAGAGACAGGGAAAAACUCAUCAUUGAUCACACUGUUGCCUUGGAACAUUUUUUUGUUCAUAGAAGUGUUUGACAUGGUCCAGUCCUGGUUAGGUUUUGGCACUAAUGUUAUGUGAGAAGUCCAAGAAGGUAUGACCUUCCACAACAGGCUUCUCAACCUCUCCAUUACCUCUGAGCAAGGUAGAAGUGAGUUUCUAUGUCUAUGGAAUCUUUAAAUACCUCAGGUUUUAUUGAUGGAAAACAUAAUUCCGCUUCUACCAUGAACCAGCCAUUGGUCUUACCUUCUUAAUUCUCCAGUCAACAUCAAAUUCUUUGAUCUUAUCUGGCCUUCACGGAAGAAUCCUAUACAUUUCAGACAGUGGAACUGGAAAUCACAUCUCCUGGAAAAGACAUUAAUCACAGCUGUCUGUCUUGCCUCAAAGGUAAAUGUAUAUAAACCCAAGAAAGAGGGACAGUAGUUUCUCCAGAUGUCUUUUAGGUCUGUGAACUCUUCC